AUGUACUUCCGUGUGCUUGCGCUGGCCGCUGCCAUCACUGGAGUCAGUGCUCAAGGUCUGCAGUAUGGUGAGAAUCAACGUGGGACGAUCAAAGACAGCGAUAUCGUAGCUCAAGCCUUCCCCGAUGUCGACGGUAUCGAACUUCUCUCGCCUGCAUUCUUGAGGCCGAAUUCCACGCCACCAGGCUGGUCAAAUGGAACAGAUGGACCGACGGACGAUGCAGAGAUGGACUACUGGUACCGCACCAUCGCCAGGAGAAACGACUGGCUGCACUACCUAGGCGCUGAGUUCUCAUCAGAAGAGGGGCGGCCCAUUCCAUAUCUCUUCCUCACCAGCCCGGAUUCUAACAAUGCCACCAAGCUCAAAGUCUACAUUCAAGCCGCCAUCCACGGUGAUGAGCCAGCUGGUGACCAGUCUGUCAUGGCCCUUCUUGGCAAAAUGGACGCCAACCAGACCUGGACUGCUUCCCUGCUCGAACGCAUGGACAUCAAAAUCCUCCCCCGAUACAACCCAGAUGGUGUUGCUUACUUCCAACGACAACUCGCCUCCAAUCUUGAUGGCAACCGCGAGCAUCUCAAGCUUGAUCGACAGCAGUCCAGAGUUAUUAAGAAGGUAUUCAUGGACUAUUCGCCUCACAUCUCCAUCGACAUGCAUGAAUUCACCGCACCCACUGUCUACGGCGGAGACUACCAACACGGCGCGGAUGCGCUUAUCUCAGGUGGUAUCAACCCUAACAUCCAUCCUGCGAUCCGCGAACAAUUGCUCGAAGUGUUCAUCCCCGCCAUGGGCGAGCGGCUGGAAACCAAUGGACUACGUUGGGAGCCAUACGUUACUGGCUCCUCAAAUCGGACGCAGGGCUCCCGCAUAGAGUUCGAAGAAGCUGUUACUGAGGCUCGUACCGGUCGCAAUGCGUACGGUCUGACACAAACUAUCUCCUUCCUAUGUGAGCUACGAGGAAUCAGGCUGGCCGAUCAGCACUUUCAGCGCCGUGUCACCACGGGACUGCUCAAGCUCGAGGCCAUUCUUGAGACUGCACGUGACAAUUUCGACAGUGCCCUCUCCAUUGUCGAGGACGCGAGAGAAGAAUUCAUCAACGGCAACGACGACAUUGUUAUCACAGACUCCUACACGCCUUCAGUACGGAAUUUCACAAUGGUGAACCGCGAGACCGGAGAGAUCGAGCAGGUUGAGGUUGAUUUCUGGGAAACCACGCCGUCAGUUGCCAACCUUACACGCCCGAGACCCGAGGCGUACCUUAUUCCUCGAACGUGGUCGGAUGUUGCUGCUCGACUCGAGAACUAUGGCCUCGAGGUCGAGACGCUGGAUUAUGAGUAUCGUGGGACUGUUGAAGUACUCAACAUCACCUCAACAGAAUUGGACGAUGCGAUAUACGAGGGUCACGUUCUGAACACGGUGACAGCGGAGCCGCUGUACAAGGAGGUCCGACUGCCUGUUGGCAGCUUCUUGGUCAGUACACGCCAGAAGAAUGCGGCGCUGGCGUUCAUUGCCUUGGAGCCAGAGAACAUCGACUCGUAUGUCACAUUCAACCUGAUUCCCGUAGAUGUGGGCGACGAAUACCCAAUCUUCAGAGUGAUGGGGUGA